AUGCUGAGCAAAAUAAUUAUUAUCUUAACCAUUCUUGGAAUCGUUUUUCGGUUUACUACUUCAACUGAAGUGCAUCGAAUUAUCAAUGGCAACUAUGCCAGUGCUAAGCAACUCCCCUACCAAGUAUUCUUUGACAAACUUGAUCUUUCCAAUCUUCACGUCCCUCUGAAAUGGACGCCAUUUUGUGGCGGAACAAUAAUCUCCGAAAAAACUAUCCUGACCGCAGCUCACUGCCUGGAUGACCCUAAUAUAUAUGCUGUUAAAAUUUAUUUUGGAGCGGUUAACAUAUUAAAUGAAACGGAAGUUGGCCAACGACGAUUGGUAGUCAAAAGGGAUAAUUUUGUGGUACAUGAGCAAUAUGAUAAACAUUUAAUGGCCAACGAUAUUGCGCUGAUAAAACUUCCAAUCACUCUGUUAUUUGACGACUACAUACGAGCAGCUAGGUUACCGAAUACAAUAGAGCAAUAUAAAGUCUCUGAAGCCACUGUUUCAGGCUGGGGAUACGUCAACGUUUCACCAGAAAACAAUAAUUUCAUACCAACCUCGGACCCCAAAUUAAAAUACUUCAAUACCUUAAUUUUAUCCGAUGAAGAGUGUCAGUUGUGGACUACCAAGUUAGGGCCUACAUAUUCAGCAACACUUUUAUGCACCGCUCCUGGUGAGAACACGGCUUGUAGGGGAGAUUCAGGUGGCCCAUUAGUUGUCAGGCAUUAUUCGAACUUUGUUUUACUGGGCAUAACAUCUUAUAAUUUUGGUAUUUGCGAGUCACAUUAUCCCACAGUAUAUACUAAAGUUACCUCGUAUCUAUAUUGGAUUCAUGAUAACAGUGGUGGCUACAUUCAUGCCAUACCUUAUGCAUAAGUAAAGGGAAAAAACAAAAAAUUCUACAAAUAAAUUCAUCUAA